CUUUCAGUCUUCCCCAGCCCCUAGCGGGCAGCGCUGUGGAUACCGGGUCCAAGUCCAGGUCGCUGGCAGCAGCGCCAGGUUGCUGCGGGCUUCUUAGACUCCUGCCUUCCCGACCCCCAGGACGGUGCAGGCGUCUGGUGAGAUAUGGCUAGCUCGUGUUGCGAGGAAGGUGCGGGCCAGGAGGAGGAGAGUUUUCUGUACUUCGCCUAUGGCAGCAACCUACUGACGGAGAGGAUCCACCUCCGAAACCCCUCGGCCACGUUCUGCUGCGUGGCCCGCCUGCAGGAUUUUAAGCUUGACUUUGGCAAUUUCCAAGGCAAAACAAGUCAGAGGUGGCAUGGAGGUAUAGCUACCAUUUUUCAAAGUCCUGGCGAUGAAGUGUGGGGAGUAGUAUGGAAAAUGAACAAAAGCAAUUUAAAUUCUUUGGAUGAGCAAGAAGGGGUUAAAAGCGGAAUAUAUGUUGUAAUAGAAGUCAAAGUUUCAACUCAAGAAGGGAAAGAAAUAACCUGUCGAAGCUAUCUGAUGACAAAUUAUGAGCCUGCUCCCCCAUCCCCACAAUAUAAAAAGGUUAUUUGCAUGGGUGCAAAAGAAAAUGGUUUGCCACUGGAGUAUCAAGAGAGGUUAAAAGCAAUAGAACCAAAUGACUAUAAAGGAAAGGUCUCAGAAGAAAUGGAAGACAUUAUCAAAAGGGGGGAACAAAAGCUCUUUAGAACAUAACAGAAUAUUCUGUGUACUAAUAUAAAAUAUUUUUAACAUUUAAGAACAGGGAUCUGGGAUAUCUCCAUGUUUAAUCUGUUCUCUACAGUGUUCUGAAGGGGUACCUCACUUGAGUGUUUCCAUAUUUUCAGACUAUAAAAAGCAGCUGGGUUAAAAGUUAGACAGUUAAAAAGGGACUGUGCAGUCCUGGAGUGACAAGUGGAUGUGGGUACUCCUGUGGACACUUAAAGCUGUUUUCUUGGGUUGAUUUUAAGUGUCCCCUUGAUCUAUGACAAGGAUAGUUUUGCAGUCUGCUUGAUGAUGGUGCUGGUGAAUUGCUCUGCUCUGUCUAGGCUUUUUUUUUUUUUUUUUAAAUCAGUUUAAUAAAAGUAAGCAAACUACUGACACAGUUAAUAAUAAAAUUUUGGAAACUGGAAAGAUGA